AUGGUUUUCACCGAGAUUGCAAGGCCACUGCAGUCACUUUCGGGCAAUAUUCUGCGGAAAGAUAGCAAGAAGCCAAUUGAAAAUGUCAAGUCGUCUGCGAAUCACGGCCCGAGCAAGCGGGCUGACACCUCGAUGGUCAGGUACGUUGAUCUGAGCCCGCGGAAAUUCUGCAAGAUGGCGAAUCAGCUGCAAGUUGCAGGUGUUCACUGCGUGCCAGAGCGCCGAGCGACCGGCGCAGUCAAGCCAUUCGGGCCGAAUGUCUUCAUGCGAUAA